AUGAAUGGCGGAUUUCGACAAGACAGAAGUCACCAGUCAGCUGAAGUCGAAGAAACGCAUCAGUGUUUUGUUUGUAAUCAAUUCGGGGUUCCGAAUUUCCACUCUACAAGCUGCGACCCGACCGAACAACCAUCAUGGGAGGCUCUAGCCGGGUCAUCAUUAGUCCCAAUCAAGUCACGUGCUAGUCAUACCACAAACAACAAAACCCGAAAGUCCUCAUCCUCGUCAAAGCAGGCCGCCGCCUACGGACACAUACCCAAAGUUCUAGACCCACGUAGCGACAGAGUGCGACGGUGGAGCCGGGCGGUUCUUUUGGCACGGAUCUUGGCGUUGGCCGUUGAUCCGUUCUUUUUUUUCGCGCUCGCGGUGAAUGGCGACGGGAGUGGUGGUGGUGGGCCGUGUAUAUACAUUGAUGGAAAGGUGGUGUGGGCGGUGAGUGUUGUACGUACUUGUGUAGAUGCCAUGCAUUUGUGCCACGUGUGGCUUCAGUUCCGUUUGGCUUACGUGUCUAAAGAAUCCUUGGUGGUUGGAUGUGGACGCCUCGUGUGGGAUGCACGUGAUAUCGCUUUUCACUAUCUCCGGUCAUUCAGGGGAUUUUGGUUGGAUGCAUUUGUCCUGUUACCCAUCCCACAGGUGUUCUAUUUAUGGAUGGCACCAAGAUUACUAAGCGAAGAAAAAACAUCUAUGAUAAUGAUACUAGUACAGCUUAUAUUCAUGUUGCAAUAUAUACCAAAAGUUUAUCACUGCUAUUUCUUAAUGCAUCGUAUGCAGCUUGUUACUGGUUACAUAUUUGGUUCGGUUUGGUGGCGUUUAGGCCUCAGUUAUAUGGCUUACUUCCUUGCUUCACAUGCAUCAGGAGGAUAUUGGUUUGCACUAGCCAUACAACGUGUGGUUGGUUGUCUAACAAAACAAUGUGAUGCUAGCAAGAAAUACAGCAGUCCCUUUCUAUCGUGCUCAAAUAAAGCAAACUCUAGAAACUCGAUGUGCUUGGAUGAAGACGGAGAUUUCCCUUUUGGGAUCUAUCAGUUUGCUCUUCCGGUUAUUUCAUGCGAUUCUCUUGCAACCAAGAUCUUCUACAGCUUUCUUUGGGGUCUCACAUCUUUUAGCACCAUGGGAAACAUUCUUGAGCCUACAAGUGAUGUCUUGGAGGUGAUUUUGUCGAUUUAUAUGGUGAUCAUUGGACUAAUACUCUUCACCUCACUAAUUGGCAACAUUCAGGUAUUCUUGUAUGCACUCACUGGAAAGGCUACAAAAAAUCAGGUGAAAUUUAGGGACAUGGAAUGGUGGAUGAGACGCCGACAAUUGCCUUCUGAUUUGAGAAGAAGAGUUCGCCAUUUUGAGAACCAGAGAUGGAACGUUAUGGGAGGUCAUGACGAUAUGGAAAUGGUCAAAGAUCUGCCUGAAGGACUAAGACGAGAUAUCAAACGUUAUCUUUGCUUGGACCUAAUAAAAAAGGCACCAUUCUUCAGCUUCUUGGAUGACGUUAUUCUUGACAACAUUUGUGACCGUGUGACAUAUUCUAUCUACUCAAAGGGCGAAAAGAUUAUUAGAGAAGGAGAUCCUGUACAGAGAAUGGUGUUUAUAGUUCAUGGGCGGGUGAAGAGAACCCAAUGUCUAAGCUGUGGCAUGGUUGCAACAAGCACACUGGAACCAGGGAGUUUUUUCGGUGAUGAGCUUCUCUCAUGGUGCCUUCGGGUUCCAUUUAUAAACCGUUAUCCGGCUGCAACAGCGACAUUCACUUGUGCCAAGGCAACAGAAGCAUUCGCACUAGAUGCAAACCAUUUAAGGUACAUCACAAAUCAUUUUCGUUACACCUUUGUUAAUGAAAAGAUGAAGAGAAGGGCAAGGUACUAUUCAUCAAAUUGGAGAACAUGGGCUGCUGUUAAUAUACAACUUGCGUGGCGGCGUUACAUUGUAAGGACAAGGGGGGAAGCAGCAAGGAACCAGUCCAGGAAAUCGACCCGCCUUCAACAUUAUGCUGCCAUGUUUAUGUCACUUAGACCACAUGACCACCUUGAAUGAAAAUAAACCAUAACAGUUUUACACUAGUACAGGGUAAAUAAUUUCAGCACAUAUUGCUCUUAAAUGUAAUCCCGUAACAAUUGUAGCAAUGUAAUGUUGCAGAACAAUCAAAUGUCCCCAAAAAAGUAUGUUUUAAAACAGCUUUUCUAACAAUCUUAACCUGGUUUUUUU